AUGAUGCAGCCGCGCAUGCUUGCCAAAGAUGACGAAGGCACCACAGGCGACGAGAAUGAAGUCCGUCGCGAAGAUCAGGACAAGAUCAAUCGGUUUAGCCGGCUGCACCAGCGGGAGACAGUGCUGGAGGAGCAGCUGAAGGCGAAGCAGAAAGACAAGGAAGACCUCGAGGAAGUCUCCACAGAGCUGGAACUCGCCGACGAGGACGAGCUGGUGCCCUACAAAAUCGGGGAUUCUUUCUUCCAACUCCCCCUUUCCGACGCACAGUCAAUGCUCUCCACAUCCACAGAGCAGAUCGACUCGGACGUAUCGAAGUUGGAGGACUCGCUGGGCGAGCUGCGCGGAGAGCUGCAGCAGCUCAAGGUGGCGCUAUAUGCGCGGUUUGGGAGGAGUAUUAACCUGGAGAGCUGA